CGCAGAGCCGGCUGCCUGCUGCCUGAGCUAUUAAAGUCAUGGCAGCCUCGUAUUGCUUGCGGGGUGACUCAUGUGUCGACGGCUUGACGGCUUGACACCAUGAACGCUUCUAUGUGCCCGAGCAACGGGGACGGUCAAUUUGGACCGCAGAUCAACGUCGCUUGUCGCCCCUUCGAUUUCACCUUGUUUUUCGAAGACGUCUUCUUUGGUAUCCUACCCUCUGCAGUCUUCCUGCUCCUGCUGCUGCCGCGAUUCGAGAUCCUGCGCCGUUCUCCGGUGAAGCUGAAGUCGGUUCAGCUGGCCAUCUAUAAACUGAGUAUCCUAGUGGUUCUAUUCGUCUUGCAGAUCGUGUUCACAGUCUAUCAGAUCCGGACCGCGGCACUGCACACCAGCGUUUCAACCCCAUCGGCUGUGUUAGGUCUGACGGCAACCCUCGCAGCAGUCAUCCUCUCCUUCUUCGAGGACCAACGAUUGAUCAAACCGUCCGAUACUCUGAUCCUAUACUUCUCCGCAUUGAGCCUUUUGUAUAUUCCACGACUACGCACACUGUGGCAGAUUCCAUCAAUCGCUGUCCCCCGAGGGCUCUUCACUGCCAUAUAUGUUGUCAUAGUGUUGGCUGUGGUUUUUGAAUCUGCCAGAAAAACAAAUCUGCUCCGUCCGUUGUACAAAGAUGUGACUGUCGAGCAGAUCUACGGCUUUUGGGGCCGGAAUUUCUUCCUCUGGGUGUUUCCGUUGUUUCGAAAUGCCUAUACGCAUGUCAUUGGGGUAGAUGAUUUACCCGACAUCGACUCCUGUUUAAAGGGUGAUUGCGCAGAGGCACAGAUUAUACAAGCCUGGAACAAGACGCAUGGCAAACAUCGACUGAUCAAGGCAACAUUUAGAGCUUACUACGGGCCUUUCCUCUCUGCUAUCCUACCGCGGCUUUUACUCGCAGGCUUCACUUUCUGUCAACCGUUCCUCAUUUCCGCGACGAUCGAUUAUGUCGAUGCACCAACGACUCCAGAAAGCAAACGAUAUGGGCGGGCCUUGGUGGGAGGGUAUGCACUGGUAUACGCCGGAAUGGGAAUCUCCACGGCGGUAUAUUACCGCCAGGUCAACCGCAUGUCAACCGUAGUACGCUCUGGCUUUGUGGCGAUGAUUUACGAACAGACUAUUGCACUUAAGACAUCCGGUUCCGACAAGGCCGAAGCUGUGACGCUGAUGGGGACUGAUAUGGAGCGCAUCCUUUCAAGCACAAGGAUACUGCAUGAGACAUGGGCAUCCAUCGUAUCGGUUGGUGUGGCCAUCUGGCUAUUGGAGCUUCAAGUUUCCAUUGCUUGUAUCAUGCCGGCAAUAAUUGCGGUGGCUUGUGUGUUGGGAACAACGCCAAUUUCCACCAGAUAUGGGCGUGCCCAGGCAGCCUGGGUAAAGCAGGUUCAGAAACGUCUUUCCAUCACCUCGACCAUGCUGAAGGACAUGAAGGCGGUAAAAAUGCUGGGACUUGAAACGGUCUUAUCCGAAGUGAUCACAACCUACAGAAAGUCUGAGCUAGGAAUCUCCAAGCGAUACCGAAAGCUUCUAGUGGUAAUUAUAGCUCUAUCAAACGUGCCUCUGGACUUUGCACCCUACGCGGUAUUCCUGGUCUAUACAAUUAUUGCAUUGGUUCGGAAGGACCAAACGCUUCUAACGACGCAGGCAUUUACCACAGUGUCCUUGGUUUCGAUUCUUACAUCUCCGUUGUUAACAUUCGUUCAGGCGCUACCUCAGCUCACACAAUCGAUGGGUUGUUUCGAACGGAUUCAGGACUACCUCCUGAGAGAGAGGUCAAGUGAGCUUCUGCCACAGAAUAAUUCGCCUAAGAUAUCGCUGGAUGGGACUGAACUGGCUGUGCUGUCGAAGCCGGAAAAACAGUACGAGUCUCCGCUGUCGCGUGAAUCUUUCGCAUCAUUCCAAGAUGCGAGUAUCUCCUGGGCACUCGGCAGUGACUCUGUUCUCCGCGAUUUGACAUUGGCACUUCCCGUGAACAGAAUUACAAUGCUAGUUGGCCCAGUUGGAUGUGGGAAAACAGCUCUUCUUGAGAGUAUCAUGGGUCGGAUGCAUACCAACAGCGGCUAUAUGCACUGCUCACAGUCACCCGCGUACUGCCCACAAACUCCAUGGAUUAUGGAUGCUCCAGUAGGGUUUAACAUUACAGGCGGAGCAGAGCUCGAUCAAAAAUGGUACGACUACACGAUCUCGGCAUGCGCGCUCACCGACGAUUUGGACAAUCUCCCAGGAAGGGACAUGUACCUGGCUGGGAGCAACGGUGUCUCUCUCAGUGGAGGGCAGAAACAGAGAGUGGCUCUUGCGCGGGCAGUCUACUCUCGCCUUCCCUACAUUGUUCUCGACGAUGUAUUCAGUGGACUCGACUCUCAUAGUAUUCACAAGAUCAGUGAGAGUCUGUUUGGACGUAAUGGAUAUUUCCGAAGGACCAACAAAACAGUUGUUCUGGCAACCCACAGUCAAUUUCUCCUUCCUUAUGCCGACGAGAUCGUUCUUCUGAAUGACGGUAGAAAGGUGGAUCAAGGCGCCUUCCCGGAAUUUGUAAUGCGGCAUCCUGAGUACACUCAAACGAAGAUUAUGGACGAGGAGGUAUCGGCUAGUGAAGUAGAGGAGGUUGCGAGAGAAGCGACACCAAAAUCUUACAUGAACGCCAAGGUCGAUGACUCCCGUGAUGUAGAGAAGGACUUCACGCGACGGGAUGGAAGCUGGUCGGUAUACAGCUAUUAUUUCCAAAAGGCAGGAUAUGUCAUCGUUGCGAUGUUCGUGGCGUCUGCUCUUGCCAACGGAUUCACCUCUCAAUUUUCCUCUAUCUGGUUGCAGUGGUGGUCUGAUGCAAACGACAAAAGCCCGAAUAGCGACACCGGGAAGUAUAUCGGAGUGUAUACCCUUAUCGUCGUGGCCUCGAUGCUUACCCUUAUAUCCGCCUGCUGGCUCUUGAUCAUCGAUAUCGUCGGUAACACUGCUCUGGGUCUUCAUACAGAUCUUUUGGAAGCAACCCUUGGUGCCCCUUUCAGGUUCUUCCAGCAGACAGACACUGGCUCUAUCGUCAACAGGUUCAGCCAAGACAUGGAAUUGAUCGAUUUUUCGCUGCCGAUAAUGGCCCUGAACGUUGCGGAAGGUGUCUCCUCCGGAGUCGUCAGCAUCAUAAUUCUCUGCGUUAUCGGUCAGUGUAUUACCAUCACUGUUCCAUUCAUGUUCCUCGCCCUGUGGGCAAUCCAGCGCGGCUAUCUUCGCACAUCUCGCCAAGUGCGACUGCUGGACAUCGAAGCCAAAGCGCCGCUGUACACCCACUUCCAGGAGACUGUCAGCGGCAUUUCCGUGAUUCAGGCAUUUCAGUGGCAGAGACACUUCCAUGAGCAAUGCAUCAACAAACUGAACCUGUCUCAAAAACCAUUCUACAUGCUCUACUGCAUCAGACAGGGACUGAAGCUCGCCCUGGACCUAAUAGUCGCCAUCUUCGCAGUGAUUCUCGUGGCUAUUGUCAUCAAUCUGAAAGACAAGUUCAGCGCGGGAGCCGUCGGUGUGGCUCUCACCUUGAUCCUGACAUUCAGCCAAAACCUGAACAACACCAUCGAGUGCUGGACGUCAAUGGAGGUAUCUAUUGGGGCGGUAUCCCGCGUGCAACGGUUUGUCGAAGAGACGCCAUCCGAAGAGACAAACACUUCUUCUUAUUCUGAAGUGAAACUCUCACACGGUGCUAUCAAUUUCUCCAACGUCACCGCAGGAUACAACCCCGAGGCCCCCUCCGAUGCCAUCCUCAAAAACCUCAGCCUCACCAUCCAACCAGGCGAGAGACUCGCGAUCUGCGGCCCCUCGGGCAGCGGCAAGACCUCGCUCAUAAUGACCCUCCUCAGCAUGAUGGGCAUCCACAACGGCCAAGUCACCAUUGACGGAGCCGACAUCGCCAACAUGAGACCCACGACCCUCCGGUCCCAAAUCAACGUGAUCCCCCAGGACCCAUUCUUCAUGCCUGGAACGCUGCGCUUCAACCUUGAUCCAAAGAGCCUCCUCCCAGACGAACAUCUCAUAUCCGCCAUCCAGAAAGUCGGUCUCUGGACCCGCGUCACCGCCGACGGCGGCCUCGAUGUCCACGUCGACUCCCUGGACUGGUCCUACGGCGAGAAACAACUGCUUGCGCUGGCGAGAGCGUUGGUCGUGGAUAGUCCGAUUUUGAUUCUCGAUGAAGCGACGAGCAGCGUCGACCACGAAACCGAAUCCCUCAUGUACGACAUCAUCGCAAAAGAAUGUCCGACGCAGACGGUCCUCGCAGUCGUGCAUCGCCUCGACCACAUCCACCGCUUCGAUCGCGUGGCGGUCCUGGAGGCCGGCGAGCUGGUGGAGGUUGAUCAGCCUGCGGUUCUGCUGGGUAGAGAGUCGGCGUUUAGGAGGUUGUAUUUGGCUUUGAAGAAGUAAGAGUUUUUUUUUUUAUCUAUUGUUGUAAUUAUGCUGGAAUUUGGAUGGCG